CUGGCUGCGCUCCCGACCCUGAGCUGGUCGGUGCUUCUCCGUAAAAACUUUGGUGCAGCGGCGGAGGAUGGAGUUUGCCGGUAUGGAUUAUUUCUGUGACCAGGUGCAGCAGAAGGACGUGGGCCGCAGGAUGCAGGUCGGCCAGGAGCUGCUGGAAUACCUGGGCGACCCGGCGAGGUCCACCGAUCUGGAGCAGGACCAGCAACGCCUUGAUAAAGUGAUCGAUGAAUUGACAGCAUGGGUCAACUCCAGUAAUUUUAAGGUAGCAUUACUGGGAUUAGAUGUUUUAGGUGCCUUUGUCGACAGACUGUCAGGACGCUUUAAAUCCUAUAUAGGAACUGUUCUCCUGCCUUUGAUAGAUCGUAUGGGAGAUGCCAAAGACCAGGUUCGAGAGCAAGCACAGAAUCUUAUAGUGAAAUUGAUGGACAAAGCAGCACCGCCCAUGUACAUCUGGGAACGCCUUGCUGUUGGUUUUAAACACAAGAACUACCGAUCCCGAGAAGGAGUGUGUGUGUGCCUUGUUGCUACCUUAAACAUUUACAGUGCACAACCAUUAGUCCUCAGCAAGUUGGUACCACAUCUGUGCACAGCGUUUGGUGACUCGAAUAGUCAGGUGAGAGAUGCUGCCAUACUGGCCAUUGUAGAGAUUUAUAGACAUGUAGGAGAGAAAGUACGAAUAGACCUGACAAAGAGAGGAAUUCCCCCUGGAAGGUUGCAAACAAUCUUUGCCAAAUUUGAUGAAGUAAGAAACUCUGGAAAUAUGAUUUUAAGUAGUGUCAGUGACAAAAGCUUUGAUGAUGAAGAGUCAGUGGAUGGAAAUAGGCCAUCAUCAGCUGCUUCAGCUUUCAAGGUUCCAGCACCUAAAAAGCCAGGAAAUCCUCCAAACAGUGCAAGAAAGCCAGGAUCAGCUGGUGGGCCUAAGGUCGGAGCAGGUUCCUCAAAAGAAGGAGGAGCUGGAGCUGUGGAUGAGGAUGAUUUUAUUAAGGCAUUUACAGAUGUUCCUACUGUACAGAUCUAUUCUAGUCGUGAACUUGAAGAAACAUUGAACAAAAUCAGGGAAAUUCUCUCAGAUGACAAACAUGACUGGGAUCAGCGGACUAAUGCGCUGAAGAAAGUUCGGUCAUUGCUUGUUGCUGGAGCUGCACAGUAUGAUGGCUUUUUCCAGCACUUACGGUUGUUGGAUGGUGCUUUCAAGCUGUCAGCCAAGGAUCUCCGAUCCCAGGUGGUCAGAGAAGCCUGCAUUACUGUAGCCCAUCUUUCAACCGUUCUGGGAAACAAGUUUGAUCAUGGCGCUGAAGCUAUCGUGCCUACUCUUUUUAAUCUGGUUCCCAACAGCGCCAAAGUGAUGGCAACUUCUGGGUGUGCAGCCAUUAGAUUCAUUAUUCGGCAUACCCAUGUGCCACGACUCAUACCUUUAAUAACAAGCAACUGUACCUCAAAAUCAGUUGCAGUUCGAAGGCGUUCCUUUGAAUUUUUAGACCUGUUGUUACAAGAGUGGCAGACACAUUCGUUGGAAAGGCAUGCAGCUGUCUUGGUUGAAACAAUCAAGAAAGGCAUUCAUGAUGCUGAUGCAGAAGCAAGAGUGGAGGCCAGAAAGGCUUAUCUGGGUCUUAGAAAUCACUUUCCUAGUGAAGCUGAGACUCUGUACAAUUCUCUCGAGCCACCCUAUCAAAGAAGCCUCCAGACCUACUUGAAGAAUUCUGGCAGUGUAGCAUCCCUCCCUCAAUCAGACAGGUCAUCCUCCAGCUCACAGGAGAGCCUCAAUCGGCCUCUAUCUUCCAAAUGGUCUGCAGCCAGCUCAUCAAGCCUUGCAGGCAGAGUUUCAGCUGUCAGCAAGGGUGUGUCAAGCCCAGGUACUCUGCAGAGGUCUCGCAGUGACAUCGAUGUGAACGCUGCGGCUGGUGCCAAGGCUCGCCAUGCUGCCGGGCAGGCAGCCGGAGCUGGGCGCUUCUCAGCAUCUGGCCUGCCUCCGGGCUCCUACGCUUCGCUAGAGGAUACUUCUGACAAGAUGGAUGGAACAGCUUCUGAAGAUGGUCGUAUACGAAGCAAGCUUUCCACACCUUCUGUUGGGGUUGGAAAUUCAAAAACAGAUUCCAGAGGACGAAGUAGAACCAAAGUGGUGUCCCAGUCUCAGCCUGGCAGUAGAUCUGGGUCUCCUGGAAGAGUUUUGACAACAACCACACUUUCCACUCUGAACACGGGAGUUCAGAGAGUGCUAGUGAAUCCUGCAACUGCACAGAAAAGAAGCAAAAUCCCACGAAGUCAGGGGUGCAGUAGAGAAGCUAGUCCUUCUAGAUUGUCAGUAGCACGAGGCAGCCGCAUUCCUCGGCCUAGUGUGAGUCAGGGGUGCAGUCGGGAGGCCAGCCGUGAAAGUAGCAGGGACACAAGCCCUGUCCGCUCUUUUCCACCCCUUGCUUCCAGGCAUCACUCCAGAUCCACUGGUGCCCUCUACACUCCUGAUGUUUAUGGGGCUACAGGUACCAGCUUUGGAAUCAGCCAGUCGAGUAGGUUGUCGUCAUCAGUUAGCGCGAUGCGAGUGCUCAACACCGGCUCCGAUGUGGAAGAGGCAGUAGCAGAUGCCCUGCUCUUAGGAGACAUACGGACUAAGAAGAAGCCUGUACGAAGAAGAUAUGAGUCCUAUGGGAUGUACUCAGAUGAUGAUGCCAACAGUGAUGCAUCAAGUGCCUGUUCAGAGAGGUCCUACAGCUCUAGGAAUGGAAGCAUACCAACGUAUAUGAGACAGACGGAAGAUGUGGCUGAAGUCCUAAAUCGCUGUGCCAGCACCAACUGGUCAGAGAGAAAAGAAGGCCUUUUAGGCCUGCAAAACUUACUGAAGAAUCAGAGGACUUUAAGUCGUGUUGAGUUGAAAAGGUUGUGUGAAAUCUUCACAAGAAUGUUUGCUGAUCCUCACAGUAAGGUGUUCAGUAUGUUUUUGGAGACGCUGGUGGACUUCAUCCAGGUCCAUAAAGAAGAUCUGCAGGACUGGCUGUUUGUAUUGCUGACACAGCUGUUGAAAAAAAUGGGUGCUGAUUUGCUUGGGUCUGUACAAGCAAAAGUUCAGAAGGCACUCGAUGUCACCAGGGAGUCUUUUCCAAAUGACCUCCAAUUCAGUAUUUUAAUGAGAUUUACUGUUGACCAGACCCAAACACCUAGCCUGAAGGUCAAAGUUGCAAUCCUUAAAUACAUAGAGACUCUUGUACAACAGAUGGACCCAGGAGAUUUUGUAAAUUCAAGUGAAACUAGGUUAGCAGUGUCUCGAAUCAUCACCUGGACCACAGAGCCGAAGAGCUCAGACGUUAGAAAGGCUGCACAGUCAGUGCUGAUUUCCCUUUUUGAACUCAAUACUCCAGAGUUUACGAUGCUAUUGGGUGCUUUACCAAAAACAUUUCAGGAUGGAGCCACAAAGCUUCUCCAUAAUCAUCUCCGUAACACAGGCAACAGUGGUCAGGGAUCAAUGGGAAGUCCUCUAACAAGACCUACUCCACGUUCCCCAGCAAGUUGGUCAAGUCCUCUCACUUCCCCAACCAAUACAUCACAGAACACUUUGUCACCAAGUGCAUUUGACUAUGACACUGAAAAUAUGAAUUCUGAAGACAUUUACAGCUCUCUGCGUGGAGUUAGUGAAGCCAUUCAGAAUUUCAGUUUUCGUAGUCAGGAAGAUAUGAAUGAGCCUGUGAAACGAGACGCCAAAAGAGAUGAUGGUGAUUUGAUUUGCAGUGCUUCUGGCAUAGCUGACCUACGGGCAGGAAGCGGUGUGAGCGAUACAGGCCGAACAGCUCUCGAUAACAAAACAUCCUUACUCAACACAAUGCCUCCUCACUCUUCACCACGCUCACGAGAUUAUAACCCAUACAAUUACUCUGAUGGUAUUAGCUCAUUUAAUAAGUCUGCUUUGAAAGAAGCCAUGUUUGAUGAUGAUGCAGAGCAGUUUCCUGAUGAGCCUGCCAUGGACCAUUCUGAUCUGGUUGCAGAGUUACUGAAAGAGUUAUCAAACCACAAUGAGAGAGUUGAAGAAAGGAAGGCUGCCCUGUAUGAGCUCAUGAAGUUAACUCAGGAAGAGUCUUUUGGUGUUUGGGAUGAGCACUUCAAAACAAUAUUACUUUUGCUGCUUGAAACACUUGGAGAUAAAGAGCAUGCAAUUAGAGCUUUGGCAUUGAAAGUUCUAAGAGAAAUUCUAAGAAACCAGCCAGCAAGGUUCAAGAAUUAUGCAGAGCUCACGAUCAUGAAGACAUUAGAAGCUCAUAAGGAUCCUCAUAAGGAGGUCGUGAGAUCUGCUGAAGAAGCUGCUUCCAUGCUGGCCACUUCCAUUAGCCCAGAUCAGUGCAUCAAAGUUCUUUGUCCGAUUAUCCAAACUGCAGAUUACCCCAUUAAUCUGGCUGCCAUCAAAAUGCAGACAAAAGUCAUAGAAAGAGUAUCAAAAGAAACCCUUACUCAACUUUUACCAGAGAUUGUGCCAGGUCUAAUACAGGGUUAUGAUAAUUCAGAGAGCAGUGUUCGUAAGGCAUGUGUUUUCUGCCUUGUAGCCAUCCAUGCAGUAAUUGGUGAUGAACUAAAACCACAUCUCAGUCAACUCACUGGCAGUAAAAUGAAAUUACUGAACCUUUACAUCAGACGUGCACAGACAGGCUCUGGACCAGGAGAUACACCAGCUGAUCUGUCUGGACAAAGCUAAUGAAGCAGACAAGAGUUAACCAGGUCUCCUGAAACAAGGGCAAGGCCCUCUUCAGUGAAAGGAAAAUCCUUACAUAAAAUUUUUUGAACUUUUUUCUUGUGUAUUUUUUUCUCCUGCUUUCUGUUGUUUGUUGGGUUUGGUUUGUUCUUUUUUUGUUGUUGUUGGGUUUUUUCUUUAACCAACGGCUGUCCUCAGCCUGCAUGUGACUGUUGCAAUAGAAUUAUUCUAAAUCCAAGGAAGAACAGUAUUAACAUCAGUUGAUCAAGGCAGAAUAAAAUUUUAAAAGAAUCUAAUCCAUCAGUUAUCCUGUUCACAAUCCUCUGUGUCUUCCCAUUAACUUCUGCCAGUGUUACUGUAUUAAAAAAAGGAUUAUUUUUUUUAAUGGUAAUUAAAAAAGAACGCUUUAAGCUUCAGAAGUUAAACUCUAAGUUCUGUUGCUUUUAUUCAGCUGCAGAUAACAUUACUUUCUUUAUUGCUGUUUUGUUGGAGUAUCACAUCCUUUGCUAGAAUCAAGAAGCAAUGUGAAACCAGGCUGAACUAGUCUGAACUGCAGCGAGACUUGCUCACUGUGGUGGUGGUUCAUCAUCUUAUUUACAGCUUGUUUGGGAUAUUCUGCAGAUUGAGAGAUAUGCCCGUAAAAGAAAAGCUGGAUUGAUCCAGUUCUGUAAAAGUGUAUUGUUCAUUGGUUGUAUGUUUGUUGCAUAAAUAAGCAUUUAGUGUGUGCAGUAGAGGACUGGUACAAGCCGUACCUCUUGAUGUGGAAGACAGCCCUUUGAGGGU